CCAUGAUAUUGCAUGAAGCCAGAGAGUUAAUGAUCUACGUGGAGACAGCAGUCCUGAGAGCGAGUGGAAGAUUCAAAUGAACUGAGCUGAAAUGGAGGCUGGAGCCGUCUCACUACCUAAUGUCUCUGCUGGCCAUCUCUUUGCCUGAGGUGUGACCACAAAUCCAGUCUCCAUCAAUUGGAAGCAGCGUGGUUCACAGCACAGGAGGUUUCACACUCAGGCUUCAUGGAGAUAAAGCUGAGUGGAGAGAUGACAGAACAGGGGAAAAUGUCCAGAUGACAACAGACGUCACAGUCCAAAUAUGCUGACAUAGCAGGCUGAACGGAUAACAGCUCAUCACGUCCCGCCACCGCUCGCUCAUCGUCCGUCCAGCCAUGUUGUUGAGGAGGAAGCUGUGCGUUGCCCUGGUGAUCGCUGCCAUCCUCUUCCUCAUGCUCGCCAGUCAGAGCAUCCAAAGGAGACAUUUACUGCCUCUGUCAUUAGCCCUGCCCAUCAGCCGGGCCACGCCCACCGACAGGGAGACAGUUGUUGAACGCACGGGGCCUCCUUCUCUUCUGACCCCUGACCCUCCCCAGACCCCAUCUCCUUCCAGCACCGCCGAACCUGAAUCCGAGGAGGAGCCUUUAGAGUACUCACAGUAUGACCAGAGGUCAUGUGGUUGUAAAGAGUCCUGUAUUUCAGACCUGGGGGGGUCAGACUGGUUCAGCCAACGCUACGACCACAAACAGCAGCCUGUCCUCCGAGAUACCAACAACAACUUUGACCCUGAAGCGCUCAGAUGGUGGCUGGGUCUUCAGCGGUCCGGUAAUGACCAGACUUUGGAGGAAGUGAUGGCAAAGAUGUUCCAGGUCAUCUCCCCACCCACUGUUGACUUCAGGCCCCUCCCCUACCACUGCCGUAGGUGUGCCGUGGUCGGCAACUCUGGGAACCUGCGACGGUCGGGAAACGGUGACCUGAUCAACUCCCACGACUUCAUAAUUCGGAUGAACAAGGCGGUGACUCGAGGAUUUGAGAAAGACGUUGGGAAUCGGACGACGCAUCACUUCCUGUACCCAGAGAGCGCGGUGGACGUUGGACGUGGCGUCAGCCUCGUCCUCCUGCCUUUCAAACUGAGAGACUUGGAGUGGCUGACCAGUGCGCUGUCCACCGGCAACGUCAAAAUGACCUACAUGAGGGUUAAAGACCGAGUGGAGGCUGAUAAAGACAAGGUCCUGGUGGUGAACCCGGUGUUCUUUAAGUAUGUUAAUGAUCGUUGGACCGAGCGUCACGGUCGCUACCCGUCCACCGGCAUGCUGGCCAUCAUCUUCGCUCUGCACGCCUGUGACCAGGUGUCUGUGUUCGGUUAUGGUGCCGACAAGCAGGGGAACUGGCACCACUACUGGGAGGAGAAUCGCUAUGCCGGAGCCUUCAGGAAGACCGGUGUCCACAGUGCCGACUUCGAAACGCAGGUCAUCCACCAACUCGCCAAGGAGGGCAAGAUCAGUCUGCACCUGUGACACGACCACUGACCCACAGACUGAUGGACAGACCCACAGACAUGCUGACUGACCCACAGACUGAUCUCUUACUGACCAGCAGAUCAUUCGCCACUUAAUUAUUGAGACCAAGAACCAGCUACAUGUCGUCUGAUAUCCAGCUGAGUCGGUCUGAUUGUGACACUCGGAUGUCCUCUCGCACUGAAAAACCAAAUUUUAGCCGACUCUGGACCGCGUAUGGCUGCCAGAUUUGGCUUGUUAUUAGGGGAUUUGGACGGGAAUCAGACCUGUGUACUUCUUGCACGUCAAUCAUCACGCCUGCCUUAAGUCAGACACCCAGGUUGUGCUGGAUUGAAGCCGCUGUUGGGCAGAGACAUUUUUACAUACAUGGAUAACCUGUGGACAGAUUGUUCGAGGGUGGAAGGAGCUAAAGGCGCUACCUCCACCUGGUGGGUAGUGGCUCAGAUACCCUCCCUGUGCAGACUUGAAUGAUUUCCAGCUCAACACACACAGACUGUGUUUCGGGACCCUCCACUGUUUAAACAGACAAACCGUCCUGCUGUCUGUGACUGCGAGGAUCAACCACACAAGUUUUGCUCUGAGUGGGAAAAACCACAGACUGUUUAUAUAUUUUGUAUUGGAUUUUAUAGACAGUAUAAAGGGAUAACCUCUUCUUUUUUUUUUUUUUAUCAAAGCACUUUGCCCUUUAGAAGAAACGGCACAAAGAGGCCCAGUUGUUGCUUCUCAGUCCAACCACAUUAUGAGACUUUUUGUAUUUUAUAUCAUUUAUAAUCCAUUUAUUUUAACUGAAUCUUAAACCGUCCUGAUCUGUUUCUGUCCUGACUGACUGAAACUGGAAACAAAAAAGUUAUCUUCAGGUCACCAAUGAUACUUCCUGUCUUUGCCAUAUAUGGAGCUGGAGGCAGUGAGUGGGAGGAGCCUGUGUGAAGUUCUCAGCCUGUGUCUCCAUGUGUUCGACAGUCUGCAGCCGAAUUCACAAACUGUCAAACAGAAAUAUUUUAUUGGUAUUUAAUACUAAUUGUUUGUAAAACAUUUCAGCUUACAAUAAACAGAGUUAAUAAGUCAAAUUUUACAACAUAAUUUAAGAUUAAAGCUGCAGACUGUUGAACUUCGUGGACAGACGUGAUUUAACUCCUAUGAGUCAGAGCUCAGCUGAUGGGAGUCACAAAGACUGCACGACUUUUAACUAAAGAUUUAUUAAAUAAAACUUAACAAGAACAAAGUCAAACAAUCAGUAACAUCCCCAGUGUGUGCAGUGCAUGAACGAAUAGAAGAUGUAGUGCAAUGUACUAAAGUCCAACCAAAAAUAACCAACCAUAUAAAUGAAGAGACUGACCAGUCCAGCGGGUAGCAGAGGAGUCAGUCAGCUGGACCUUCUGUUAAUGGUAGAUAACAGUGUGCAGAGUGCUGUCACACCUGUAGUGUAAAUGUAAAACUGUUGCUGAUUGUCAGUCAUAAGUUGUCUGAAUAUUUGUGGCUUCAUUACAAUGCGGACGUUUUCACACAGAGUUAGUUUGAGUCUGAAUCUGAGUUUGAUCGUACCUCCCUCCCUUUUUAUUUCAGCUAACCGAUGGCUGCUCAGCAAAUCUUGUGUUCCUCCCACUGGUUGUAUGUGCCUUUGAUUAACGCUACACAUCAACUGUCAAUCAUAGUUUUGCUUUCGAACAUCCCUUUUUAACUGGUUUUUGCCUUAUUAUAUUAUACAACAAAUAUAUUUUACUUUCAAAGUUAACACAGAUGUCUACUCUGUUAAAACACAUUUGUCAGUGAUCAGUUCUUCAAAAGCUGAUUUAGCUGCUUGACCUGUUGCACUAGUAAGCAGCACCUUGUCUUUUCCAGUAACGUUAGCAAAUGUUACUUUUUCCUUGAAGGAAAAAGUAACAGAUUUAUGGACUUAAUGCAUCCACAAUCUCAAUGAAAGUUAGACGAGAUUAAUUUGUGCAUUGUUUUGAUUUUUUUAAAGAAAGAUAAUCUGGUAUUACCAAGCAAUAAUUAAGCCCUGAUCUGCCCCCUGGUGGAUCUAGCUGUGCUUUUAGUUGUUUAUUGUUCUGAUUGGCAGUACGCUAUAAAACUGUAGCUUUCUUAUCUCUCUUGUUUUCUUGUUAAUGGAGGAUGUGGAUUUGAGGUUUCCAGUGGGACUUCAAAUUGGCUUUUGACUGAGCAGUACAGUGCUGAGACUACCACUUUCAGGUCGACUAUGGGAUCUGUAAAACUGUUGACAUAUCCCAAACUUUGUCGAUCUGUUUCCAGAUUCAGACCAAUCUGCCAGUGUGAAAUCGUUAAGUCAAGAGCUCAGUCUGCUUCAAACAAACGUGCUGGUACAAUGUCUGAGGGCUAGAAAAGAAGUAGUUUGUAGAAGUGUUCUUUAACCACGUCAGAAGGCCAAAGUAUUUAUAGUUGUUCCGAAACAGCCAACCUGGAAAGCAGAGUGAAAAGGCUUGCAGACUCCUCCUGGCUGCAUCCCACCGUCACCCUGAGCUCUGUCCAACUACUCUUUGUCUUUGUACUCCUGAAUGGUACAAAUGCGGAUAACGGCGCACAGUCUCUCCUCGAAGUGACAAAGACUGCAGCUGUCGGAGAGGGAGGUUUCAGACGCUGUUAGAUGAUCCCACAGGCACUUAGUCUGAAGCAGACUGAAGCCUCUAUAAAUAAUCAUAAAUGCUGAAUCAUCUGGAGGCUGUUGCUCUGUCAUUAGCUCAGCUGCACUUUACAGUUUAACCCUGUUUGUCUGGAACAAGCCACAAGUUCUCUUGCAACCCGACUGCUGAGUCAUCUUAAGCUGCGGUUUAAUCGGAAACAUCUGCUGCUUGUUUUUUUAUAGUUCCUGUUCAUUGCUGAGAUUUAACACUUUGUUGGCUUCUUCGGGAAAACUUCCUGCUGGGAAAUUGGGAAAUUAUCCACUUUAUGAGGAACUUUCAGCCACUAAAUGACAGAGCAGCAGUCCUCUGGAGACCUGAGCUGGAUGUCUGGAUGCCAGGUUUUGGAAUUUGCAGACUAAGUUAUAGUAAAAAGAUUUUGUUUGUUGUGAGUAUAAAUCCAAAGUUGUGCUUUUUAGAUUCCCUGCAGCCUGGAAAUUUUGAGAGAAUUUCUGUGAAGAAUGCAGGAAGGUGCAAAUUUAAUCAAAUCAAGCUGCUGGUAAUACCACCACAAAUGACUGUCAGUGAUCUGUAGAUUUAGAGCAGAGCGACAUCCACUGACCAAACAAGAUGUAUGUGUGAUGUAUGUUCAGUUAUCAUAGCUUUAAUUCAGCUCAUAAUCUUUAAACUGUGACUAUGAUAAAACAGAAAGAAAAUGUUGGUUUCACUUAACAAACAACCUGCUGAUCACAAGUUCAUUCAUUCAUUCAUUCAUUCAUUCAUAGUUACCAAACAGACAGAAGCACUGUGAUAUUUCAAAACAACAUAAACCCACCACUGUCACUUUGAAUGAAAUAAAAAAAAUAAAGAAA